AGAAAAUGAGGGCUCUGAAACGGCUGUAGCUAAUUAUAGUGAUUACAAUGGAAAUGAUAUAGCUAAUGAUAGUGCUAAGGCCCCUGCCUCCGUAGCAUAUGAUGUUGAUUCCAGGUCAAAAGAAAAUGAGGGCUCUGAAAUGGCUGUAGCUGAUUCUGGUGAUUGCAAUGGAGAUGGCUUAGCUAAUGGUAGUGCUAAGGCCAGUGUCUCUGAAGCCAAUUUUCUCGAUUUCAGAUCAAAAGAGAAUAAGGGCUCUGAAAUGGCUGUAGCUGCUGAUGGUGAUUGCAAUGGAGAUGGUUUAGCUAAUGAUGGUGCCAAGGCCACUGUGUCUGAAGCCAAUGUUCUCGAUUCCAGGUCAACAGAGAAUGAGGACUCUGAAAUGGGUGUAGCUGAUGAUGGUGAUUGCAGUGGAGAAGGUUUAGCUAAUGAUAGUGCUAAGGCCACUGUCUCUGAAGCCAAUGUUAUCGAUUCCAAGUCAAAAGAGAACGGAGGCUCUGAAAUGGUUGUAGCUGAUGAUGGUGAUUGCAAUGGAAAUGCUUUAGCUAAUGAUAAUGUCAAGGCCACUGUCUCUGACGCCGAUGUUAUCAAUACCAGGUUAAAAGAGAACGGAGGCUCUGAAAUGGCUGUAGCUGAUGAUGGUGAUUGCAAUGGAAUUGUGUUAGCUAAUGAUAGUGUCAAGGCCACUGUCUCUGAAGCCAAUGUUAUCGAUUCCAAGCCAGAAGAGAAUGAGGGCUCUGAAAUAGCCGUAGCUGAUGAUGACAGUUGCCAUGGAGAUGGUUUAGCUAAUGAUAGUGCUAAGGCCACUGUUUCUGAAGCCAAUGUUCUCGAUUUCAGGUCAAAAGAGAAUGAGAUUUCUGAAAUGGUUGUAGCUGAUGAUUGCGAUGGAGAUGGUUUAGCUUAUGAUAGUGCUAAGACCACUGUCUCUGAAGCUGCUGUAGAUAUGAGGAAUAAACAGAAUGAGGUUUGUGAAUUGCCUGUUACCGAUGAUGGGGUUACUACCAUCUCUGUCUCUGACCUUGAUGGGGAUUGUUUACUUGAUGUUAGGGAAAAGGAUACAGUUUCAGAAGCUGUUGUUGUUGAAUCCGGGGCUGAACAGAAUGAGUCCACUAACAGUGGUGAAGUUGAAGCUGAUUCUGCAUGUCCUGUCUCUAAUGUUAAUGUAGACAGGCCUGAACAAAAUGCCGUGUCUGGAAAUGAAUCAGUUCAAGUUGGGGAAAGCUUAACAGCUGCUGAUGAGUUUCCCAUGGAAAGUGGUUUGGGCUUAGAACACAAUACUGAAUGGAAUUUGAGUUCGGUAGCUGAUACUAAUUUAGAGAAAGAAACUGGGAGUGUUUCUUUCUCUGGUGAAUGUGGAGAGGCCUUGCAGAAUGUUCACACUCAGGAUGGUAUUUCAGGAAUGGUUCAGAUCAACAACUCUGUUGAUUCAGGUCAGUCUUCUGAACUUGUGGAAAACUCUCUCUCUCCCAUUACAAAUAAGAUUGUGCAUGUAACUGUUGAAGGGGUUCUUAAUGAUACAAUAGCUGAUGUCGUGGAAGGCACAUCUGCCGCAGUUACACUCCACAAGGAUGCAAGUGUAGAAAGUGGUGUUAGUGAUACUGUAACUGAGGCUUUACCAUCUUCUUCUGUUAAUGACGAGAAACUGAAAACUGAUGUUAUUGAGUCAGAUGAGAGUAGUAGAGUUGGUUUUGAGAAUACCGAGAUAGAUAUAAAGGACGAGAUUGGUUCCGUUGAUGAUAAUUUUAAGUCAAGAUGCUUGGCCGAUGGUGGUGUUUCUAUCUUAUCUGCAGAGGCUGAGGUUUCAAAAGUGCUUGUUGAAUGCCAUAGUUCUGAAACCGAUGAAAACUUGGUGAAUGUGGUUGACAUUCAAAAUGAUAGUAACUCGGUUGUUACUGUAAGUAAUGAUGGAGCACCUGCUGCAACCGGAAAAUUGUCUGCUGCAGAUAUUUCUGACAAUGUUGAACUUGUACAUGAAUCUAGAGAAUCAGAUUGUGAUACUAACAAUAACAAAAAAACUACUGCUGUCGUAAAGGGAGCAAUUCAGUUUGGUAGUGUUGUUACAUGUCAAGAGUCAGAAGAACCAGAAGGCCUUGACGAGGUUGAAAGGAGAAGUCCAUUUUACUUCUUGAUCAGGGUCCCAAGAUAUGAUGAUGAAAAUUUAAAAGAAAAAAUCAGGCUUGCUCAAAUUACAGUCGAUGAGAAAACUCAAAGUCGGGAUGCUGUUCGAACUGAAAUGCAAAAGAUGAGGGCAAUUUGCAAGAAAUAUGGUGAUAAUGUCGAGGCUGCCAUAUCCCAAGAAAGAGCAAUACGAGAUCUGCAUAGGUCCAAACGUCUAGAAAUAGACUCUAUUCAAUCUAUGAUGAACAUUGAGGAUAUUGAUGCCAAGAUUCGAAACAUGGAACACAUGAUACAGCAUGAAACCAUGCCUCUUAAGGAUGAAAAGCAGUAUAUUCAUCAAAUUAAGCAAUAUAAGCAAACUCGUGAACGAAUCUCUUCUAAUAUAGAUAAGCAGGAUGAAGUUCAGCAGGGUUCAGACCAAAAAGAACAAAUUCAAGAGCGCAUGAAGUCUUUAAAGAAGGAAGCAGACCAAUUGAAGGUCAAUCUCCUGAAGGCUGAAGCAGUCACUAAGGCUGCUAAGAAAGAGUAUCACGAUGAAGCUGAAAAGUUGAAGAAAUUGCAGUCCCAGUUCAAAGCUGCUGAUGAAAUCCGCCAAGAAGCAUAUUCGCAGUUGUUGAGUUUGAAGAAACAAUCAUAUGAGAAGAACAAAUUUUUUUGGCAGUACAGGGAUGAUGCAAAGGCAGCAAAUGAUCUGGCUUUGCAAGGGGACAGAGAGGCACUCCAAAAUCUCUGUGUUAACCAGGUUGAGGAAGUUAUGGACUUGUGGAACAACAAUGAUGAAUUCCGUAAGGAAUACAUCCGAUGCAAUGUCAGAAGCACAUUAAGGAGACUGAGGACAUUUGAUGGCCGCGCGCUUGGUCCUGAUGAAGAGCCACCUGUAAUUCCUCAAGUAGGAAACGAAAGAGUUGCCAAGGAUCAUACUGUGUCCAACUCAACUUUGGAAGAACAAACACGAGAGAAAACAGCUCCCGCAAAAGCUAAAACAGCUCCCACGAAAGCUGAAACAGCAAAGGAUAAACCUGCAGCAAAGGCCGUGGAGCAAAAGAAUCAGACAAGUAAACCGGAAAAGUCGGUAAAACCUGUUCCUCCAGAAAGUGGUUCAGCAACUGCUUCUAGCAGGGACACAUUUGAAGAAGCAGAAAAAGAAGAACCGAAGGUAACAAAGGAGGAAGAGGAAAGCCUGAGGAAGGCAGAGGAAUUGAGAAAGGAACAGGAAGCGGCUAAAUUGAGGGAGCAACGACGGUUGGAGGAGAUAGCUAAAGCUAAGGAGGCACUAGAAAGGAAGAGGCGAAACGCAGAGAAGGCCCAAGCCAGGGCUGCAUUAAGAGCUCAGAAAGAAGCUGAACAGAAAGAGAAGGAAAGGGAAAAGAGGACCAAGAAGAAAGAAAGAAGAAAGGGAGCAUCAGUAUCAGGGGAUGCAAGUGUAACAGAUGAAACCGAAUCUGCUCGGACUUCGGAAACUCCUCCUGAAACACCGCAAAACUCUCAAAGCAAAGAAAAGCCACUAACAGUGGCAAAGAGGUCUCAAAAGCCAACUCAGUUCACAAAGCAGAGCAAGGCAAAAUCCAUUCCCCCGCAGCUCCGCAACCGUGGUAAGAGAAAGAUGCAGCCAUGGAUGUGGGUCCUCCUGACGUGCCUGGUAAUAUUCGCUUCGGUUUUGGUCGGAAACUAUAACAUCUCAUUCAACUUUGAGCUGCUGCAAAAGUUCAAGUUUUAAAGACAUACGUAUAUUGGUUUGGCUUAAUUCUUUUGUGCUCGCGCAGGGUGGGGUUAUUUAUAUAUUUGAUUUUCUUAAUUAUUUUUCCUCAGUUUUUUUUAUUAUUAUUUAUUUAUUUCACUUACUAUAGUGUGUCAUUGAUUAGAGUGGUUUCUGUCAACUGCUAAAUUAAUAUGGUGGUGGACCUGGUGGCAUUGUUAAGUUGGUAAGGUGAUGGUGUUAUUUUAUUAUUUAUUAAUAAUAAUAAGGUACUAUAUUGGUUUUUUUUA